AGUGCUCCAUUUUCCAUCUGCCCCUAAAUUACUUGCCGAACUCCCUAUUACAGUUUUACAGAAUGAAUUCACCAUCCAGAGCGUGAAUUAAUGGAAUCUGGCAGGAAAAUUGAAUGAAUGGCGCUCAAAUGGCCUCAAUGAAGCCUCUUGCACUGCCAAUUCUCUUCUUCAGUUUCUUCUUCCCCAUCCUAUCGGUUUCUUCGAUUCAAAUACUGUCAAAAUCGAAGCUCCAGAAAUGCGAGAAAGGCUCUGGUUCAGACCAACAACUCAAUUGCACCAACAAGAUCCUCAUAAACCUAGCCGUUCCCAGCGAUUCUAGUGGGAAUGAGGCUUCAAUGGUGGCGGAGAUUGUGGAAGUGGAAGAGAAUGCAACUAACAUGCGCACCCUUAGGGUUCCUCCUGCUGUUACCAUCCAAAAAUCCGCUGCCUAUGCUUUAUAUGAAUUGACAUACAUAAGAGAUGUCGCUUACAAACCACAAGAGUUGUAUGUGAAGACAAGAAAGUGUAAGAGUAAUGCUGGUGCAGAUGUUGUCCGAAUAUGUGAAAGGUUGAAAGAUGAGAAUGGGAACAUUAUCGACCACACUCAGCCUAUCUGUUGUCCAUGUGGUGGACAACGCAGGAUUCCUUCAUCUUGUGGGAACUUUUUUGACAAGAUGAUGAAAGGGAAGGCAAACACUGCUCAUUGUCUUCGGUUUCCAGGUGAUUGGUUCCAUGUGUUUGGCAUUGGACACCGCUCAGUUGGAUUUAGUAUUAGAAUUGAAGUCAAAACGAAAUCUCAAGUAUCAGAAGUGACUGUUGGCCCUGGAAAUAGGACUGCUGUAUCCAAUGAUAAAUUUUUAAGAGUGAAUCUUGUUGGAGACUAUGUUGGAUAUACAGAUAUUCCAUCUUUUGAGGACUACUACCUUGUUAUCCCUAGACAUGGUGGUCCAGGUCAACCUGAAAAUCUUGGGAGCAAUUACUCCUUGUGGAUGCUUCUGGAGAGAGUUAGGUUUACUCUAGAUGGUCUUGAAUGUAACAAAAUUGGUGUUGGUUUUGAGGCCUUCAAUUCACAGCCUGGUUUUUGCUCGGCUCCAUAUUGGAGUUGCUUGCAUAACCAACUUUGGAACUUUUGGGAUGCAGAUCAAAAUCGAAUCGGCAGAAACCAGGUGCCACUGUACUGUGUUCAAGGAAGGUUUGAGAGAAUCAACCAACAUCCAAAUGCAGGAAGUCAUGCAUUUUCCAUAGGAAUAACUGAAGUUCUCAAUACCAAUCUCUUGAUUGAACUGAGUGCUGAUGAUAUAGAAUAUGUCUAUCAAAGGAGCCCAGGGAAAAUUAUGGACAUUGCUGCUCCUACAUUUGAAGCUCUUACUCAAUCGGGGACAGCAACAAUUACUACUAAAAAUAUUGGCGAAGUAGAAGCAUCCUACAGCCUCACGUUUGAUUGCUCUGGUGGUGUCAGCCAAAUGGAGGAGCAGUUUUACAUAAUGAAGCCUAAUGAACUUGUCACCAGAGCAUUCAAGUUGAACCCGUCAAGUGAUCAAGCAGCAAAUUAUUUAUGUUCUGCAAUAUUGAAAGACUCUGAUUUUAAUGAAGUUGAUCGAGCAGAGUGUCAGUUCUCAACAACUGCUACGGCAUUUGAUAAUGGAACACAGGUACCAUUCCAACCCCCCAAGACAGGUGUACAUGGUUUUUUUGAAACACUUCAACAACUGUGGAACAAGUUGCUGGCAGAACAAAAUGUGUUGGAUUUUUCGAUGUGAGCUGUCACAUACAAUACAUUUGUUUGAAUUGGAUAGUUUUGGUUGCUCUACUCCUUGCCAUUUUCCCAACUUUGAUGGUGCUAGUAUGGCUUCUACAUCAGAAAGGAGUGUUUGAUCCUUUAUAUGACUGGAGAAAAAACAACGGAUGGGCACCGUAAAAGGAACAUUUCCGGAAGCACCCAUCAUCAUCAUAAGCACCGCCACCGCCAUAAGUUGAUGGAAUAAUGGUGAGCCAUGUAGAUCAUAGCUCUGGUCCCUCUUCUUUAACCCUUUAUAUUUGUACUAGUAGUAGCACUGUAAAUUUGGCAGUUUACAGAUUAU